AGCCGCUCCAAUGGUGCAGCUUUCACAGUCCCCGCUCCGCCGCCCUUCACCUUCUUGCUGCUCUGAGGAAGGGGAGGAGAAGAGCAUGAAGCCAGCCAAGCAGCAGGUGACCCAGGGCUCUCCUGGCGACAACCAGUCCCCUCUGAGCCCCCUGCAGGCAGCUUUGCAUUCUGCCACUUCAGCAGCUCAGGCGUAUGAGACCUACAUCGAUAAUGGGCUGAUCUGCCUGAAACACAAGAUAAGGAACAUUGAAAAAAAGAAGCUCAAACUUGAAGACUACAAAGAUCGCCUGAAACGGGGGGAGUCCCUCAAUCAGGAUCAGUUGGAAGCAGUUGAAAAGUACGAUGAAGUGAUGCAUAACCUAGAGUUUGCUAAAGAACUUCAGAAGACAUUUUCUGGGCUCAGUCAAGAUCUGCUGAAAGCACAGAGGAAGGCUCAGAGAAGGGAGAAUAUAAUGAAGCUUGAAGCAGAGAAGAAGAAGCUCCGCACAGUGCUGCAGGCCCAGUAUGUGCUGCAGAAUUUCACCCAAGAAAAUGUGCAGAAAGACUUCAGAGCCAGCUUGAAUGGUGCAGUCUACUUGCCUUCUAAAGAACUAGACUACCUCAUUAAGUUUGCAAAGCUGACAUGUCCAGGACGAAGCAAGAUCCUUAGUGUUGAAGACCAAAUGGAACAAUCAUCACUCUACUUCUGGGACCUGCUAGAAGGCAGUGAAAAAACAGUGGUUGGGACAACUUACAAACACCUGAAAGAGCUGUUAUCUAAGCUGCUAGAUUCUCGUUACUUUGAAAACAUCCCUGCUCCUUGUACCGAACCAGAAAAAGAAGAACUGAAAGAAGAAAUGCCUGGAAGACCUGAAAGAACAAGACAAUUGUCGAAACCAGAGUCUAUCAAAGAACCAGAACCUCAAAUGGAUUGCGCUCAGUCUGAGAUACAGUCUCAAGAGUUUCUCAAUAGGCGCUACUUGCCUGAAGCUGACUACUCUUCCAAGAAGUGUGAAGAACUGAAACCUUGGGAAAUGGAACACAGUAAAAAGAAAGAUCCUCCCAGGUCAUGGGAAACACUUGUUGAUAUGGAGGAACAGGAGCAGAAGAGGCAAAAUCAAGAAUCUCUGAAGCCUUUGGGAUCCCCAAGGCAGCAAGGGAAGAAGCAAGAAGUUUCGAGGCCUUGGGAAGUUAAAGAAGAAGACCACAAGCGAGAAGUUCCAAAGCCCUGGGUAGCACGGGUCAGGGAUCAGCAAGAUUCUCCCAAACAUUGGAUGAGCAAAGUUAAAGAGGAGCCAGAGCAAAAGCAGGAGUUGGCAAAAACGUGGGUUAGUCAAACAAGGGAGGAAACUGUACCGAUAUCGCAACCUGUAAAGCCUUGGGGGGCGUGUGUUAGAGAAGAGGCAGAGCCAAAGAAACAGAACCCUGGAAAGCCAUGGGUAGCACACAUUGGGGAAGAGAUGGAACCAAAAACACAGUCCCCAAAGACUUGGGUCACCCCUGAGGGGCCCCAGGCAACACAGCCUCUACAGAAUUCUCCAAAGGCCUGGGGAGCCACAAAUCCUGUGCCAAAGGAGCAGCCUGUGCCAAAAAAGCCUGAUUUGGAACCGAAAGAAGAUGGAAAAAAUGAUGGAGUCAGUGGACAAGGUGAUGCUGUAAGGAAAAAAGAGAGCCUUCAGUCAGUUGGGGAAUCCUGUAAACUACCUAGGAGCAUUCCGAGCAUCAUGCAGGUGCCAAAGCCUCUACAUCAACCAGCUGCUGAAUUCUGUUCUACUUCGAGUCUUCCAAAGGAUCCCGUACUAAGAAGGGAAAAACUACAGGAUCUGAUUAGUCAAAUACAAGGGACUUACAACUUCAUGCAAGAGUCUCUCCUGGAUUUUGAUAAACCCUCACAAAGUGCCGUUUGUUCAUCAAAAGCUCCUCCAGUUGAUUCCUCAGGCAAUCCUAGUGCUUGUAAAGAUCAAAAACUUGCAAGUCAAAAUGACUUUCCUGAGCAGUCGGUGCAGGCUGCUACUUCUCCUGUGGCCUUGCAUGACUCAAACACUUCCUUGACAUCUGACCAUACCGCGUCUGGGUCUGGAUCUGAAACCGAACUUGGAACACCGGAGAGACUGCAGGCACCUGUUCCUCUUCCAAGUGACUCCCAGGGACCGUUGACACAGUCAGCUUCUACCGUGUCACCCGUGCCCCAAGCGAAAGCAUUCCCGUCUCCUCCAGCAAGUAGCAGUUCCGUUACUGUGAAAGCGGCUCCCUUUCAGGCUAUGCAGACCGUGUUCAAAGUGAAUGCGCCUCUACCACCUCGUAGGGGGCAGGAUAUAAAAGAGAACCCCCCACAGCCUGCAGGAUAUAAUCAGAACUUCUCUACAGCAAGCACACAGACUCCACUCCAGUGUAAAUUACAGUCUACUCAAAAUGCUGAACAAACCACUUUUUCUCAAGAGUCUUUGCCAAAAGCAGCUAAUUACCAUUCUGAGGGAACACUUCCUGUAAGCAACGGUAGCUUCGCCUUUUAUGCAGCACAGACAACGCCUUUCCCCAGACCACCUCAAUCGUUCGUCACAGCCCGUGGGUCAGCCAGAGUCCCCCUCAGAGGUACAAGAUCAGUUGCCAACACGUACCGCUCUCCUGGUGGCUAUAAAGCAAGUUUUGAAGCCUACAGGGGAUCCCCUUCAGUGUCUAAUGGCAGCUAUGGCCAGUUGCAGCUUUCUGGCAGAGAUUAUCCUGGUGUGCAAUAUCCUCAGAGGGAUAUGAAUUACCAACAGAAUUAUAAGCGAGGAGGCAUUAAUAAUGGGCGAGCAAACUCAAGAGCAGGAUGGAGUGAUUCUUCUCAGGUGAGCAGCCCAGAACGUGACAGUGAGACCUUUAACAGUGGGGACUCUGGGCAGGGUGACUCCCGCAGCAUCACUCCCGUUGACAUGCCCGUGACGAGCCAAGCGGCCACCAUACUACCUGUUCACGUCUAUCCCCUCCCGCAGCAGAUGAGAGUCGCUUUUUCUGCUGCUAGAACUUCUAACUUGGCUCCCGGAACUCUAGAUCAGCCCAUUGUGUUCGACCUGCUGUUGAACAACCUUGGCGAAACCUUCGAUAUCCAACUUGGUAGAUUCAAUUGUCCGGUGAAUGGCACCUAUGUCUUCAUCUUCCACAUGCUGAAGUUGGCCGUGAACGUCCCCCUGUACGUGAACCUCAUGAAAAACGAAGAGGUUCUAGUCUCUGCGUAUGCCAAUGAUGGGGCUCCGGAUCAUGAGACUGCUAGUAACCACGCAGUCCUCCAGCUUUUUCAAGGGGACCAGAUUUGGCUGCGUCUUCAUAGGGGAGCCAUUUACGGAAGUAGUUGGAAAUACUCUACCUUCUCAGGAUACCUCCUGUAUCAAGACUGAAUGCUGUUUACAAUAAAGCUGCUUCAGACAGCGUGGAGGAAGGUGAAAGGCAGGAGACUA